AUGUCGAAGCCUAAGAAACCACCCGCAUCUCGCGGCCUGCCGCGCAGAGAUGUUUUGGCUUCACUCAAAAUGGCUUCCAUCGAGAUGAUAGUGCCCGUUUUACCUGCAGAGCUAAUGUCGCAGGUCCUCGAUUAUGUCGAUCCGGUCGAUCUCAUCCGCGUCGCUCAAACGUCGAAACAUAUGCGUGAAAUGGUAUAUGAGGAUGCUAGAUGGGUAACAAGAUUGAAACAGAUAGGGUGCUGGAAUGAAGAAGAAGCCAAGAAGUAUGCAGAAACUACGACGCCUACGACAGCUGCAGUGGGAUAUGCGAGACGACGAUCAAGUGCUUAUAAGAAGCCAGCAGAUGGGUUCGAUACGAUACCAACAUCAUCUGGCGCAAUAAAGGAGGCUGGAAGUUCCGUUCAGGAGGAUGAAACACUCGACAUCUUACGGCAUGUCAAAUCGAUACGCGGAAAAGCGCGCCAGGAGUACGGCAGAGUUCAUGCUGUGUUGGCACCACUGUAUAAUGAUAUUGCAACAAGCGGAGGAUCUACGGAUAGCCUGGUUUUCAAACGAUACAGCGACCCCAAAAGCCAGGCUAAAAUGCUCGCCCAAAUUGUGAAAUUUGCGUACAGCGACACUUCGGAUGGAUGGGCGCAUCAUGAAAUUCGUCUCCAAGACGCAAUACAACUGUUUGAAACAGCUGCAAUUCGGGAGUUUCGAAAUGCAUACGAGGCGUCUGACAUCAAUGGCGAAAUGCGAAAAUAUGCCCACGUUUUGUGGUACCUCAAUGGCGGACAGUCUGCAGUUGAUCUCUUUCUUCAUCACAACCAUAUCAUCACACGAAAGUCUGAGCUCGGUAGAGUUUCAGAUUGUAUAGAUCCGGAGACUUUGGAAGUCAAAGUGGAGCAUACACAAGCAUUCUUCACACGGUUUGGAGUUGCAUUUAACGAAGAAAUCGAAGCCAUCAAUGGGGCAUUUCCAAAAGAUUUAGAGAUUGCCUUGCCUUUUCUCGAUAAAGCAAGUGUUGACGUUCUAUCUCCUUUUCUUACAAGCUUAUUCGACGAAUUGCAUCGAAGCAAUAUUGAGAGCUAUCUCAAAGCUGUUUCUGGAACAUUUGCGCAGUGUUUAAAUCUUUUCUCGGACCUGAAAAUUCCUCUUGCAUCUGGUGCGAGCAGGGAAGACACCAUAACCCGUGCCAUGACUCAAAUAUUCGAGCCUCACUUAGAUCUUUACCUCGCGGAAGAGCUCGACUUUUUUCGUAAAGGCUGCGAUGCCACAGUUGAUGACUGGGAUCGACAACUAUCCGAACAAGCGGCAUCGACAGAAUCGUUUCUCAUGUCCAAUGUGAAUCGACAAGCUGCCAAGAAUGAUUUUUUAACAUCUUUCAAGAAGGUGCUCAUGAUGCCAGUUACCAUCCUACCUCUACCGAGCUUCAACAAGUCUCAAAAAGAUGGAGGAGAUAGUUCUGCUGACAUCCCAGCAUCACAUGACAAGAAAGCAGCAAGAUUUUCGACAGUUUCUCCAGUCCCUGCCCCCUUGUCCAUGUCCGAGGCACCGUCCGAUGAGUUGGCUGCAAAGGCUGCGUUGAUGAAUAUGAGACUGGAAGGAAUCAAAUCAUUAUUCAGUAUCGAUGUCGCUCUCGGCUUAGUUCAUGCGGCAAAGACUAGUCUUGAACGUACGGUGUCAUUCGUGAAGCUAGGGGGUGAUUGGGGACAUACGGCAAAACUACAAUGCGAAGGCAUAUUUAUUUCCUUGCUUGAAAUCCUCGGACAUCGGCAUGUCAUUAGAGGAAUGACCCAAGCGGUUGAUCAUCUAUCAAACUAUCGACCCCGUGAGCAAGGCGAACGGGACAGAAAUGGGGUAGAGCCUCUAGUGACGUUUCUAGAACUUGUGAAUGUCGGUGAUCUUAUCUUACAAAUGAUGGACGUUUUCUACGAGCAGGAACUCAUCGGGGCAAAGAUCAUCGACCGUAGCGAUUUUCUUGACCCAGCCGCGAAGGGCAAGAAGAAAUUUGAGCAAAGACUCGAUGAAUGUGUGGCUUCUGGAUUGAACAAGGGUAUUGAUGUACUCAUGGAGGAAGUGGACUAUAUCCUCGCCACCAAGCAAUUGACGACUGAUUACAAUCCUGAAGCCGACAUUGACUCUGGGCGAAAGGCGCCUGACAUUGGUGUCAGUGACGCAGCAAUCGGUGUGAUAGAUGUCGUUUCAUCGCAUACUUCCAUGCUUAUCGGCAGCACGGAUAAAAGCAUGCUUGAUGUAUUUAAUCAAGAAGUCGGUCUCAGACUUUUUGCAGCCAUAUGCAAGCAUCUCAAACGGCAACGGAUCAGUGUCGACGGAUCACUCAAACUGAUCAGUGAUAUGAACCAUUACUUCAAGUUCGUCCAGAACCUGAAAAACAACGAACUGCUACUCUACUUCAAGGCUCUCCGAGAGCUUUCACAGAUCUACCUGGUUGACCCAUCUGAUGCGAAAGAGCUCGCAUCCGUCAUUGCCGACAACGACCGGUUCUACGGCAUUUUCCGCGCUGAAGAAGUGUAUGAGUUUGCAGAGCGACGAGCGGAUUGGUUCCAGGUUCGCCGCAACGUUGAGCGAGCCAUGUAUGGGUUGGAAUGUAAUGUAAUGUGA